AAAGCAUCAUCUCCUCUUGCCACUCUUUCUUGUAAAUGAUGCCGGGCGCAAACUGUACUGGUCUGGCCGUGCUACGGUGCUGCAGGCCCGUCCCCUGGAAGAGCACCCAGAUUGGCAAAAGCGCUACCGUACUCUGCGGGUCCGGGGCUCUUUGCACCGAGGAUUGAGACCGCUGAUUGAUGGAAUGACCCAUUGCUCAUCCGACAUCACAGCUCUCAUGCAAGGCAAUUGAAUCCUUUCGCUCGCUUUGAGUGGGGGCGUUACAUAAACAAGGUACAAAGCUGGUGAUUAUGCAUCUCCUCCCCCCAAUUACUACUCCCGGGAGCGCUGACCAUGGCGGGUGUCGGAAAUGCAGCACCUGCGCCAGAAGACUUCAAGGCUAAGAGAAGGGACUACAAUAACCCAGUUUUGCCAGGCUGGAACUCUGACCCAAGCUGCGUGUUCGUGAAAGAACAUGACAAUACGCUCUUCUGCACGACUUCUUCUUUCCUUGCCUUUCCCGGCAUCCCAGUGUAUGCUUCUAAAGACUUCACCAAUUGGAAACUCGCUUCUCAUGCCAUUACCCGUCCCGACCAGCUUCCAGAACUUGGUACGAGUGGCGGCGGUCCUGGGCAACAGAACGAGGGUAUAUGGGCAUCGACGAUCCGAUAUAGGAAUGGAACAUUCUACCUUAUCACAAGCUAUGUCAACUUGCGGACCUGGGGCCCAAAGAUCCUCUUGUUUAAAACGACGGAUCCGUUCAAGGAUGAUUGGGAGGGCCCGUUGAGGAUGGAGAACCCAGCCGGUGACAUUGAUCCAGACCUGUUCUGGGACGACGAUGGCAAAGCAUAUGUCUCUGUCGCUGCCGGCAUCUACAUCACAGAGAUGGAUCUCACUACUGGAAAGGCCAUUGGUGAUACAUUCAAGGUGUGGAAUGGGACCGGUGACCGCAACCCUGAAGGUCCACAUCUGUACAAGAAAGAUGAUUGGUACUAUUUACUCAUCGGCGAGGGCGGCACAGAGACAAAUCACUCUGUGACUAUCGCUCGCUCGAAGAACAUUCGAGGGCCGUAUGAGGGCUACGAAAAGAACCCGAUCUUGACGGCUAAGAACACCGACAACUAUUUUCAAACCGUUGGUCACGCUGAUUUGUUUGAAGAUGCUUCAGGAAACUGGUGGGCCGUUGCAUUGAGCACUCGUUCUGGUCCUGAGUGGGCCAACUACCCAAUGGGCCGCGAAACCGUUCUAGUACCUGCGCAAUGGUCAAAGGGUGGAUGGCCGAUUAUUGAACCCGUUCGUGGUAGACAAUCCGGUCCACUGCCAGCAAUCAAUAGAAGAGUACCUGGAGCGGGGCCUUGGGCAGAAGAGCCCGAUGCUGAGUAUUUCGAACCUGGAAGCCAACUUUCACGGCAGCAUAUCCUUUGGAGGAUACCCAAGGACGAACUCUUCGCUAUCUCCCCACAGGGUCAUCCCAACACCUUACGCAUCUCUCCUUCGAGGGUCAAUCUCACAUCCGACGCCAGUUAUCAGCCUACUGAGGAAGGCCUCGGCUUCAUUGCGCGCAAGCAGACCAGCACCAAGUUCACUUUUAGUGUCGAUUUGUCGUUCAAGCCUACGACAAGCAGUGGCGAGGCAGGCAUCACUGUUUUCCUCACACAGCUACAGCACAUUGAUCUCAGCAUCGUUCAUCUCCCCAGCAGCUCGCAUAGUGAGACAUUGGUGCCGCAUCUGAAGUUCAGUGUUGAAGCGACGGGGAAGCCCAACGAGACGGUGCCAGAAAUGAAGACCAUCCCUGUCCGGGAAUCGUGGCUUUCUCACCCCAUACAAUUGAAGGUGGAGGCUGUGGACGAAUACAAAUACGUAUUUACUGCUGCAUCCACCUAUCACCCAUCCCAAGUUGUGCACGUGGGUGAAGCGAAUGCAACAAUUGUGUCUGGAGGAAGUGGGCCAUUCACAGGUACAAUUAUCGGCACUUUCGCAACAAAGAAUGGUAACGAAAAAGAGACUGCAUCCGCGUACUUUAGUCGGUGGAUGUACACUCCUAUCGCGCAGGCUAUCGAUGCAGGCGUCUAUGUUCCUUCCUUUGUUCAUUGAUCCAGACGAGAAUGCACCAGGGAUAAGCCAAACCAUAUAGAAUCAACUUUCUCAAUUUCCUCAGUGUGACCAUAAUGCAUUGUUCGCUACGCAAGCCUGCAUUUACUCCACAGUCGCCACCUCUUCAUCACCA